GCGGGGCUUUCUAGCGUGCUCGGGUGCGGCUGUGACCUCUGAGCCCGCGGCUCUCCGCGCGCUGCUGUUGCCCGACCCGCUUCGCCUCGCGGUCCCCGCACCAUGGAGUCGGUGGCCUUACCCCGGCUCGCGAGCCAGGCUCCCUCAGCCUCCGCCCUGGCUACGGAGAGCACCCGGCCGCUGGCGGACGGGCUCAUCAAGUCGCCCAAACCUCUGAUGAAGAAGCAGGCGGUGAAGCGGCACCAUCACAAACACAAUCUGCGACAUCGCUAUGAGUUCCUGGAGACCCUGGGCAAGGGCACCUACGGGAAGGUGAAGAAGGCACGAGAGAGCUCGGGACGCCUGGUGGCCAUCAAGUCAAUCAGGAAAGACAAAAUCAAAGAUGAGCAAGAUCUGUUGCACAUAAGGAGGGAGAUUGAGAUCAUGUCUUCACUCAACCACCCCCAUAUCAUUGCCAUCCAUGAAGUGUUUGAGAAUAGCAGCAAGAUUGUGAUUGUCAUGGAGUAUGCCAGCCGAGGCGAUCUGUACGAUUACAUCAGUGAGCGGCCACGGCUGAGUGAGCGGGACGCCAGGCAUUUCUUCCGACAGAUCGUGUCUGCCCUGCACUACUGUCACCAGAAUGGGAUCGUUCACCGGGAUCUCAAGCUGGAGAACAUCCUUCUAGAUGCCAAUGGAAACAUCAAGAUUGCUGAUUUUGGCCUCUCCAACCUGUACCACAAAGGCAAGUUCCUCCAGACGUUCUGUGGGAGUCCUCUCUAUGCCUCACCUGAGAUCGUCAACGGGAAGCCCUAUGUGGGCCCAGAGGUGGACAGCUGGUCUCUGGGCGUUCUCCUGUACAUCCUGGUGCAUGGCACCAUGCCCUUUGAUGGGCAGGAUCAUAAAACACUGGUGAAGCAAAUCAGUAGCGGGGCUUACCGUGAGCCGCCCAAGCCGUCUGAUGCCUGUGGCCUGAUCCGGUGGCUGUUAAUGGUGAAUCCCACCCGUCGGGCCACACUGGAGGAUGUAGCCAGUCAUUGGUGGGUCAACUGGGGCUAUACCACCCGAGUUGGAGAACAGGAAGCUCUGCGUGAGGGUGGGCACCCUAGUGGUGACUCUGGCCGGGCCUCCAUGGCAGACUGGUUACGUCGCUCCUCCCGCCCCCUCCUGGAGAAUGGAGCCAAGGUGUGCAGCUUCUUCAAGCAGCAUGUGCCGGGAGGGGGGAACGCCUUACCUGGGCUGGAGCGGCAACAUUCUCUUAAGAAGUCCCGUAAGGAGAAUGACAUGGCUCAGACUCUGCAGGGUGACCCAGCUGAGGAUACCUCCUCUCGCCCUGGCAAGAGCAGCCUCAAGCUUCCGAAAGGCAUUCUGAAGAAAAAGACCUCUACCUCAUCAGGGGAGGUACAGGAGGACCCUCAAGAACUCAGACCAGUGCCUGAUUCUCAAGGGCAGCCUGUCCCUGCUGUAUCCCUGCUCCCAAAGAAGGGCAUCCUUAAGAAGUCUCGGCAGCGAGAAUCUGGUUAUUACUCCUCUCCAGAGCCCAGUGAGUCUGGGGAACUCUUAGAUGCAGGUGAUGUUUUUGUGAAUGGGGACCCCGUGGAGCAGAAGUCUCCACAAGCUUCAGGUCUCCUCCUCCACCGCAAAGGCAUUCUCAAACUCAAUGGCAAGUUCUCCCGCACAGCCUUAGAAGGCACUUCCCCUAGUACCUUUGGGUCCCUGGACCAACUGGCUUCCCCUCAUCCUGCAGCCCGGGCCAGCCGUCCCUCAGGGGCUGUGAGUGAGGAAAGCAUCCUGUCCUCCGAGUCUUUUGACCAACUGGACUUGCCUGAGCGGCUUCCCGAAACCCCUCUGAGGGGCUGUGUGUCUGUGGACAACCUGAGGAGGCUUGAGCAGCCUCCCUCAGAAGGCCUGAAGCGAUGGUGGCAGGAAUCCUUGGGGGAGAGCUGCUUUUCUCUGACAGACUGCCAAGAGGUGACAGCAGCCUACAGACAAGCCCUAAGAAUCUGCUCGAAGCUCAGCUGAGGAGGAGAGGCAGUGCCCCAGUAUGGGGCAGGCUCUGAGAGGGUUUGCCGAGGAACCCUGGGUAGGAUUCCCCCGGGGAGUAGAGUACAUCAAGGGCUCUGUGUCUUCAGCCUGACUGAACCUGGAAGAUGAGAGAAAUAGCACAGAUGUGGAAAGGAACGGGAAGGACCUACGGAUCCCUGGCUGACAGAAUGUUAUAGUGGGGCCACAGAGACCUGAAAGUGCCUACCUCCUUUAUGCCACGAGCGUUACCCCUGGUAUUUCCUCGCCCCGUUCUCUGCCAGUGUCAGGGUGCACCUUCACAUAACUUCCUGUUAACAUCAACCACCAGGGUUAGAACCCUGACAUCCCUGGAGGUCAUGUAGAGUAACCUCCCUUAUUUAAAGAGGAAACUACCUCUGGUUUCUGUCUCUGCUGCUGUGCAUCUCAAAGACCUGGAAAGACUCCGACUAUUGUUUUCAUCUCAAAGGGGACCAGAUGCCUCUGGAUCCCACCUUAGACCUCAGAGACUUGAACCUUGAAGCUGUUCCUGAUAUCCAGACUAUGGAUGAAUGCGUCUGUUUGUUUCUCAGGCCAGCAGGACCUAGAAUGUGCUGACUUAUUUAUUUUUGUGAUUCUCACUUCUGGUUUUUGUUUUUUAAGUGAAUUUUGCUGCUUUCAGUAAUGUGAAUGCUGUGUUCUGGGGAAAGCCACAGUGCCAUUGAAGCUUAUGUACAGAGAAGUAUUUGGCAGUGAUGUCCCUCUAAUCAAGGGGGAGGGGCUUUUUCAAAAGUAUGUCUUGAGCACUGUCUGAAUUGGGUCUCCAGUCCCUUCACACCCGAGGCCAUUCACCCUCCCUCAUCUGUGGCCAAAAACACCUCAUUAAAACCAGCAAUGGUAACUGGAAAAA